GGGAGGGAGGGGGAAACUGCUCAAAGAGAGCAUGGCGGACGACGCGGUGCAGACCGACUACUCAAACAUUUUGAUUUUAUGACGAAAAUGUCCGAGUUCUCUCAAAUAUCACGCUUGCAAGAAGAAAACCAAAAAGUAAGAAUGUUCUAGUGGAAUCAGUUUUUCCCUUUUCUUGCAAUAUUGUAAUGUAAGCUUUUUGUCAUGUAAUUCAAUUUUAGGCCUUGCGGGAGCGCAAACAACGUCUUCUCACCUGGUAGGUUCUCACUGAUAAUUCUCAUUUACUUCCCGGUUCUGUUAUUGGUGUAAUAAAGCUGUUAUGUUUUUUUAGCGAGAAGUUCAAACAGGACUAUGAAAAACUCGAAGAGCUGUUGAAGACGCUCCCCCAGAAAACAAGCCACGAGGUUAUGGUAAGAUCGGUAUAUAAGACUGUCGUCUGUGGAAUCUGCUAAUAAUUCGAACGAAGUCACAGAAAGUGACUUGUAACUGCAGAAUACGGGGGGUGAUGAAUCUAAAAAUGACUAAUUCGCAACGUUUUUGCGCAGUAUUUUACCAACAAUGAAAUAAAAGCUCACGACCUCAUUCCCAUCCCCUGGGGGGUACUUGAGUCAAUGUUUGCUAGGUAAGUGCCACUGGCCUCUCAGAGCCCCUACCCCAUUAUGGUCUAUUUUUGGGCCAGUCAUAGACUCCAUCUUAGUCACUUUUUGGAAAAUGUAAUUUUCACAAUCCCAACUUAGCCACUUUAUACAUCUACCUUAUCAAUGUGGUUUCAAGAACGGAAUGUAAUGCUGUCAAUGUGAGCUUACUGUUAAAUUUAAUAAAUCAACAACUUUCUGAUUUUUGUAACCGACAUUCUUCCCAUUUUGAAUCCCUGCUUAUGCCCAAAAUCGGAAUAUUUGCGACCCCAUUCUAGUAACUGUAUUGAAAAUGCGACCCCAUUAUAGUCAAUCCGGUCAUGAAAAUGCAACCCCAUUUAGCAGCACAUCCCCUUCAGCCUCUUACAAGGGAGUACCCCCCCCCCCCCCCCGAUUUCCAUGCAGCAAACCAGAUUGCCUUUUCCCCAACCUAGUGACACCCUGGCCUAUUCCAAUAUUUUCAAUUUUCCAAAGACCGUUCAGCUACACUCUCACAUUUUCCAUAUUGACGUUUUGUGAUGCUUAUGAUAUCUACUUUUGUUUAGGUACCAAUUGGGUCCGUGGCAUUCAUGCCAGGGAAACUUGUGCACACCAAUGAGAUCACCGUCCUGCUUGGAGACAACUGGUUUGCAGAGCGUUCAGCCAGCCAGGCAGUUGAAAUAGUGGCAAGGCGGAAAAAAUGUACUGUCAUUAUAAACUUCAUGUUCAUGGUAAUGCUUUUUAAUGGAGAAACCUUUAAGCAGAGGCCAGAAAUGUUCUAAUUAGCAUCAGUACCUUUAAACGGGCACUCCCAUCCAUUAAAUUACAUCCCCCAUAUACAGACUUAAAAACCUUGAAACUAAUACCCCUUUUCUAAAAGAGGUCCCCUGGCCUGAGAUUGAAUGAAUUAUAGUACUGAAUAUAAUUUAUAACCGUACAUUCAGGGCUAUCACUAAGAUUUCAAGUUGCCAGAUAAAUACAUCAGGUAGGCCAGGUUCUAUUGAUUCUAUUUUUACUCAAUUCUCCCAAAAAAGGAGCUUGGGUAAAUGUUCAUAAUAGCAGGGGGUGGAGGGAAUUCCUGGUCCUAGGUCCUUUAUGACAUCCCUGUACACCAUACAACCACUUAACAAUGGUGCUUGAGAGCUACAUGUAGUAUGGACACUAGACCUGUAUUUCUAUGGCUCUCACUGGUAUAACUGUAUUAAUAUGUCCAACAAAAUGCACCAACUUUGAUAUGAAAUAUGCAAAGAGUUGUUAAGUGUAAAAUUUAAUCAGUUUCUUAGAGAUUUAUUUCAUGGUUUCAUGAUGAUCACACAAGAUGUAAACCAGAGAGCUCUUUUGUCAAUGGUGGUUUGGUCUGAUGAACUGAUAACCAUGAAGACACUCUAUCAAUGUGCAAUUUUAUGUUUUUUUUCAUAUGCUCAUCGUGGUUUUCCUCUUUUAAAGAUCUUGAGACCAACAUUGCUGGCCUUAAUGCUGACAUAGAGAGUUUUGAUGCAAGGAUAAAAUUUGCGUCUGACAUUCAGUCAGCUGCUGAGGUAGUGUAGGCACUAGUUUUCUUGAGCGUAUUGGGUAUAUGCAGAGUUUACAAAGUAUCUAGGUAUCUGGGUCAAAUAAUCAUCUGUCUAGGAUGGUUUCAUUUUUUUUCUUGGAACUCUUUAUCACAAGAUCAUAUUUUAGAGCACCCAUCCAAAGAGUCCUUUUCUCCCUGAAAUAAUUUAUUUACAGUUUUUAAAAAAUUCCAUGUGUAAGAAAAAUUUUCUAAUAUUGAUUGCAAACCCCCAUUGUUGAAGGUCCUUAUAAAAUUCUACAGGGGUUAGAAUGAAGAUUCUUUGAACAUUGGAAAUCACCAGCCAGAACUUAGGCUGCUUUGUACUUUAAACAGAGGCAGUUUCCCAUUCUGCAAAUUUUCCAGGAAACCUAAGGAAUUCAAAUUAUUCAUGUUCUUCCAUCAAUUUUUAUUUACAUAUUGUUGGUUUUUUAUUUUUGUGAUUUUUAAUGGUUAUUUUGAGUGUAAAUGGUUAAAGAAAUGCCUGCUGCCAUCAGCUGUAUAAUUUGAUGAUGAAAAUAAUGUUUCCAUGCUUAUCCUGAAUACAGUGAUGAGUAACUCAUGAUCCUGAAAAUUAUACAGUAUGAUAUGCUACACAUUAAUAAUGACAGGUUUAUUAUGCAUUCAUCAGCCAAAAUUUCUAGCUGACUAUAACAGUUCUUAAUUUAGUGCAUUUUAUACAUGCUUGCCGUCCUUCAUUAUUUUUUGCCAGGGUAAUUCUGAUGUUAAAGAAAUCAAGGAGGAACUCUCCAUUCAAGAUGAAGAGAGGCUGCUAAGUAAGCACUAGUCAGGGCACAGGUACCCCAAGAGCACAGUAAUAAGAAAAGGUGUAAAACCAUGAAACAGAGUUCCUUUCCUUUUUUCCUGUUCCACUCUUCUGUUCAUGCCCUCCUUAUUAUGUGAAUGCCAGGAAGAUGCCACCAAAGAGAUUGUUAAUUACUAAAGUUUAUUUGUCACCAGGAGUAGAGUUGAGUGGUUAACUGAUAAGUUACUAUUUUAGAUGUAUAGGUAGAGGAUCUAUGGAUAAUGUUUUGAAGGAAUGUUGUUAAAGUGACACAAAAAGAAGAACAGCUGGCUCAUUGUGUAAAUACAAGGCAUUACCACACCACACCUUGCCAAUCUCACCCCAACAUACCCCACCCUUUCCAUUUUUAGUGGUUUAAUGAUGAUCAUACAAGAUUUAACCCAGAGAGCACUUUGCUUGAUGUUGGUUUGGUCUGAUGAACUGAAAACCAUGAAGUUAGUGUUGUUUGUUGAAGUGGUUUUAAAAUGCACCACCAUGCAUUGAGUCCAGUGGCCAAGAACAUUGUUUUUUCUUCACAGACUACAUAGAAAGGCUGAAAGUGAUUCUGGUUGUUGUAUUCUGUCACUUAUAGGAUGGUCCUGCUUUUCUUUGCAGACAGAGGUACUCGAAAGGCCCAUCCCAAAGCUAAGCAGUUUGGCGGUUCGAAAAGAGUUGAAGGCUUAAAAAGCGGUAUGAAGGAUCAUAAUUCAACACAAAAGGACAGGGAGAAAAAAGCUAUUGUAACUGAUGAUUUAGCAUUGUUUGCAAGAUUAGAUGAACUUGAAAAAACAGAGGCUGCCAAUGCUGAACUUGAUCAAUUUUUGGAUGAAGAGAAGUCUGAAAUCAAGAAUGACAGUGAAUAUAGGAAAAAAGAAGAUGAUGUGAGGUGGGUGCCACCUUUGAAGACACAAAAUGAUGAUAACAACAAGAAGAAAGUCACAUGGGGAGAUGAUGAUGUCAAGAAAGAUGCUGAUGGAAAUGUUGGUGAUUCUGAUGAUGAUAGUGAUGAUAAUGAGGAAGAUGGACGAAGAACUAUUGCUGUCAAGUUUAGCCAUUCAUCAACAUUGUCACAUGGACAGGUUCUUGAUGACAAGGUAAAGUAAACAGGGAAGAGCUGCAAAUAACAUUCGGUUAUUGGACAAUGUCCAACUUAGGCCCCAUCCACACAUAGCUGCAACUUUUUAAAAAUAAUGGAGAUUUUAAAAAUAAUGCAUGUAAAGCAUUUUUAAAAUGAUCAAUAUUAUUAUCCAUGACCGUUUUCACUGGAUGUGUGUUGACUUAAAAAAAAGAUCACUGCAACACGAUCUGUGGGUAAAAAAAUAGAUUGUUACAUUGAUGCAAAAUGUUAUGUACAAAGUUUCAGUAGCUCCAAGUUCUCUGUAGUGAAACUUUAUUGCCAGUUGCCUAUUUGACUAAUUUUAGCUUGUAAGGGAAUAACUUUACGUAGUUAUGUUAAUCAGUUGGGUUUGCUUAUUAUCUUGAUUUUUUCUGUAGACAACCACCUCCUGUAGACGACCACUUUAUCGUGCACAUAGGGUGGUCUCAUGAGAGAGUUGACUGUAUUCCCAUACUCCGGGUGUACAUAGUUUAGUGAUAAGUUUACAAACGGCGAUGGAACAGAAUUAUUCUCAAAAAAGCUCUGUGAGCUGUAGCUUGCUGCUCCAUAACCCUAUACCAUCUUUCUUUGGAACUUUGAAACAGCUUACCAUUUGAUUUAAUCCAAUCUGAAACAUUUGAAAAUUUCUCUAAUCAACUUCAACCAUUACUUUAUUCUCACAGACACAGUAUUUGCUUAAUGCAGUGUUUUACUUAGCCUGAGAAAACAGCCGACAUUUUGCAAGGCCACCGCUGGUUUCCCCAUGAAAUUAUAUCUGAGAAAUGAUUGCAGAAAUUCCAUACUGAUGACACGUCGCUACCAAGAGCUGGGUAGUGCUUCUCAUUGGUUGAAGUAAAUUUUCAAGCAAUCAGAAUCACCACCCAGAUCUGGGUAUUCACACGUCAUCAGUAUGGAAUUUCUGCAGUUGUUUCUCGCACAUCUUUUUGUGUGGAAACCAGU